ACAGCAGCAGCAGCAGCCGCCAUGGAAGCCAGCAGCAAGAAGCUCCAGGCGUUCAUCCUCACGCUGCUGCUGGUGCUCUCCACCGCCGUGACUCCCAUCCUCUCGCUGUCAGUGCCAGACGACGAGGUAGCCUGCGACUGCGAUAAACCCAAGGCGCCCAAGCCGUCGCACCCGCCCAAGACCAAGCCCUCCCACCCGUCGCCGUCGCCGAAGCCCAAGAAUCCCAAGCCACCCAAGGGCAGCACCGGGUACCCAGCGCCGGGGCACCAACCGCCCAAGAGCCCCUCCUACCCCCCGGUCGUCGGCCCUCCCAAGGGCCCCGUCACGCGCCCGCCAGUCAUGCGUCCGCCGGUCGUCGGUCCUCCCAAGGGCCCCGUCACGCGCCCGCCGGUCACGCGUCCGCCGGUUGUCGGACCACCGGUGACCUACCCGCCGAUCACCGGCCCUCCGACGACGCCGCCUGUUGUCGGACCACCGGUGACCUACCCGCCGAUCACCGGCCCUCCAACAACGCCGCCUGUUGUCGGCCCACCGGUGACCUACCCACCGAUCACUGGCCCGCCUGCGACGACGCCCCCGGUCACCGGUCCGCCCGUGACCUACCCUCCCGGCGGAGGCGGGGGAAGCUCGACGCCGUGCCCGCCGCCACCGAGCCCGACGCCGACGCCGUCGUCGCCUACGUGCCCGGCUGACUCGCUGAAGCUGGGCGCGUGCGUGGACCUGCUGGGCGGGCUGGUGCAUAUCGGCCUCGGCGACCCCGUGGUGAACAAGUGCUGCCCGGUGCUGGAGGGGCUGGUGGAGCUGGAGGCGGCCGUGUGCCUCUGCACCACCAUCAAGCUCAGGCUCCUCAACAUCAACCUCUACCUGCCACUGGCGCUCCAGCUCCUCCUCACCUGCGGCAAGACGCCGCCGCCGGGCUACACCUGCACCGUCUGAUCUGGACUAGCUGGCAGCCCCCGGCUCAUGCGUCCAUUUAUCCGUGAACAUGGGUUUUGGAGUGAGCUAGCAUCCAGUUCAUCGGUCGUUUGAAGAGAGAUCGACAUGAGAGGAUGUCGUCUGCUUCGUCGUUCCAAGCUGAAGAAGGCACGCCGGAGGAGGAAGAGAGUAACAACGGCCGGGUCGAUCAGCUAACGAUGGAUCGAUCAUUUUUUUCCCCAUAUUUAUUGUGUUGCGUCUGCUGUAGUUUCUAAUUUUCUAGAUGUGCUUUCGGUUUGGUCUGUAGACCCUGCAGCUUGAUUUGGUUAAGUUUGAUUUGAUGCAAGGGAAAUGGGUGGCGGUUGAUUGCUAAUAAUUCCCGUUGAUAUUUGUCAUGCGUACGUGAACUUGAUAAC